UUUCUUUCUGGCCGUGGCCUGUGCGCGGCGCGUGCGGGUGACGCCAUCGUGGCCCGCGCGUGGAGGGAGGCUUGUCCGGGGCGGCUGCUAUGGCUGCCCGGGAGGCGGCGGCGGCUCACAAGCGGCGGGGCAAAGCGCAGUACGUGCCGGCGGCCAAACGGGCCCGGGCCGACGCGGGGCGCCAGCUGGAGGUUGGCAUGUGCGGCAUUUUAAUCACCUGCAACAUGAACCAGCGCAAGUGCGUGGCCGAAGCCUACAGCCUGCUCGGCGAGUACGGAGAGCAGCUCUACGGGCCCGAGCAGUUCACAGACCGCAAUGACAGCAGCGUGUCGGGAAGCGAGGAGGAGGCAAAGGAGGAAGAUGAUGCCGAGGCUGCUAUGAGGAAGGAGGUUGAUCUGAUCCGCGCUUCUACGACACAGAGGUUGAGACGCUUUCAGUCAGUGGAGAGCGGGGCCAAUAAUGUGGUUUUCAUCCGGACGUUGGGCGUAGAACCCGAGAAGCUGGUGCAUCACAUCCUGAAGGAUAUGCACACCACCAAGAAGAAGAAAACGAGGGUGAUUUUGCGCAUGUUGCCCGUUUCCGGCACCUGCAAAGCCUUCCUGGAGGACAUGAAGCGUUACGCGGAGACCUUCUUCGAGCCAUGGUUUAAGGCUCCUCAGAAGGGCACUUUCCAGAUCGCGUACAAGGCUCGCAACAACAGCCACCUGAGUCGGGAAGAAGUCAUCAAAGAGCUGGCAGGAGUGGUCAGCGAUCUCAACCCGGAAAACAAAGUCGACCUGGGCAACCCCAAGUUCACUAUCGUGGUGGAAAUAAUUAAAAACAUCUGCUGCUUGAGCGUGGCGAAGGACUACGUCCUCUUCCGGAAAUACAACCUCCAAGAGGUGGUGAAGGACGGCCAAGAGGACAGGCAGCCCGGUGCCCCGAAGGCGCCGCGGGAGGGCAGCUUGGAAGGGGCCGAGAAGACGACGGAGGAUAAAGACCCGCAUGGGGAAUCAGCUGAGGAAAAGGCUAGUGACAAUCACAAGGACAGUGAUCCUUGAACCCGCAGGACCGCCGACUGUUUGAAGAGCCAGUGGCUCGGGGUAGCAUGGCGGGGUUAACGAGUUUUAAGCAUUCCACGUGGUGCCCAAAGUUAGUCUCCGCUGAGAGCGCUGCGUUAGAAGCCACGUCGUCCAACUCCUGUUUGCAGUGUUUCUUAGGACUAAUUCUCCUUGUGUCGUUCCUCUGUCAGUGUUGAGGGUCGCAUUCUGAUGCUCUGUUUCCUGUGGUGCUGAAAUGGGUGCUGAAAUUCCGCUGCAGUACCUGAGGCCAAGCUGUUUACCACCUGAUAUGUAGCUUUGCACUGGUGCUGGGUUUUGCAGAACUGGCUGGCAGCCUUCCAAAGUUGUGACAAUACUUCUGAAGGCUGCACUUCAUGCACAAGGGGUGUCGGCUUUGGCUACUCGCAAAGCCUGCCUGUCAUUCAGGGUGGAGAAACAGCUCCUAAAAUCUUUUCUGGCAGAGGAGAUUGCCAGAAAAGCAGGUAAAUUGGGACGGGAAUCCCACAGCAGUCAGAACGCUAUGGGUGCCGUUGGGCUUUCCCACGAUCUCACACCCAGCCUUUGGCUAACCUGAGCAGUGUGCUGAUUUAUCCAAGAGAUGUGGCAACCUUUCUACACACUGAUCCACUUUGGAAGGAGUUUCCUUGGGGGACAGCAGGAUGCAUUCUGAUAUCAUAACAAACCUCAACGUGGCUGCCACGAGCAAGAAUACAUCUAAGUUGCUGGGUUUGUAUGUUCCCUCACUCAUUCCUUCUUAUGGCAAACUAGUCUCAGUUGACUGUUGUACACAGCCAGGUCACCCAGCUUUCCUUUGGCCGCCUCUUGCACCUCUUGAAAACUGGAAGAGGCAGCCAGCAUAGUUCUGCAGAGCCAGGAAGCUGUCUCCUUUCAAUUCUUCCUUGGCCUGACAGCUGCAGAGUCACUCCGCUCCUCUGCUUCCCUGGGAAGGAGGGAGCAGCUGUUACUUUGACAGGUGAAUGGCCAAACAUACCUAUAGCUGGAGACUUGAGUGUCUUUUCAAACAAAGAUUUAUACCCCGCUUUUCAGGAAGACUUGUGGGCAUCUUCUAGUUACUAGGUGCAGACGUGUUCUUGAGGGAUUUCCUACCCUAUCGCCCCACCUAAACAUUAUAUUUUUGUGAACAGCUUUAAAGUUGAGUUUUGUAGACUCUGCUAAAAAAAAGAACCCGCGGGCACUCAACUUUUCAUUUGGCCUCACAGCAUCUCUCCACAAAAGAAUCCUUGCAGUUCCAAACAUCUAACGAGGUGAAACGUUUUUGUUUCGUAUGUUGUCUUGUAUACCUUGCUUCAAAACAGAACAAAACUGGUUUUGUUUCCCUUUUUGAAACUGGUGUUUGUCAGUGAAUUUUUUGUCGGAUUUGGGUUUGAACUUUGCAGAAUACAGCCUUUUCAAAAUAAGAA